CUCUUGCAAGCCACACACCGCUGAUGUGGUGCACCUCCGGCUCUCUGCGGCCGAAUCGAUGUCGCAGAGCAGAGACGCAGUCGGACAGGGCAGUUGUUUCCCAUCACGUUUUGUGGGACUAUGAGAGAACCUCGGAACCUCCUGGGGAAUCCUGUUCAGUCGGGAGCUCUGAGUCACAAUGUCAUUCACCGAGCAGCUGGCCAUCAUCGGGGGACUUACUGUGGUCUUCCAGCUGCUGAGACUGGCCUGGAGAUGCUGGUGUGGAUUUAGACAAUUUGUUUUGUCAGAGCUUUGGCGUGUGGAUUUAAAGACAUAUGGGCAAUGGGCAGUUGUCACUGGCGCCACAUCUGGCAUCGGCAAAGCUUACGCCUGUGAGCUGGCACAAAGGGGCCUGGAUGUGAUUUUGGUAAGCAGAUGUGACGAUAAACUUCGAAUGAUUGCCAAAGAAAUAGAGGAACAGUACGGUCAAAAGACUCGCACCAUCCAAGUGGACUUCACAGACAGCCGAAGAAUCUAUCCUGCUAUAGCUGAACAACUCGAGGGACUGGAGAUCGGGAUUCUGGUUAACAAUGUAGGGAUGACCUACUCUGAUCAUUUUGCCUAUUUCCUGGAAAUACCAGAUGCUGAACAGAAAAUAACUCAUAUUAUCAACUGUAACAUGCUUUCAGUCGCUCAGAUGACCCGACUGGUUCUUCCAGGCAUGGUUGAAAGAGGGAUAGGGCUGAUUGUCAACUUGUCCUCGGAAGUGGGCGUCCGUCCACAGCCUUUGUUGUCCCUUUAUUGUGCCACUAAGAGUUUUGUAACAUUCUUCUCUCAGUGUCUGCAUGCAGAGUACAAGUCAAAGGGAAUUAUUGUUCAGUGUGUGGCCCCCUUCAUGGUGUCCACCAACAUGACGAAACACAUGACAGUCAACUUCUUUGUGAAGAGCGCUUCCGGCUUCGCCCGCGAGGCCUUGAACACCGUCGGUCAAUCCAGCUACACCAGCGGCUCUCUGUCUCACGCGCUGCAGAACACGGCUCUCACAAUACUCCUGCCGGACUGGUUCCGUAUGUCGUCAUUCGCCGUGAGAAAACUACGGGACUUUGCAGCCAGCCGAGAAGAUGGAAACGUGCGCGAGGAAAAGGAGCAGCUCGGUCAGAAGGAGGAGUAG